CUUCAAUCAGCUGAUAUACGGUCAGUCGAGUCGGCUCCUAGCGUUGUUAAAGACGACGUGUACGCAUUAGAGAACUUUUUCGGCAAUGUUCUGCUCAAAAAGUUCAAAUUGCUGAAUUAAAAUCAAGUUCGCUCCAAGUUAUUUGAUUAAUUUUUUGUUAACGUUUGUUUGUUGUAUAAUUUUUAAAGCUUUACUAUGACUCUUUUUCACUUUGGCAAUUGUGUGGCGUUGGUUUAUGUACCUUAUCACUUAACCUACAAGUACUCCGGACUCUCCGAGUAUGGCGCAUUUUGGAAAUGUGUGCAGGCUGGUGGUAUUUACAUAUUUGUGCAGUUGAUUAAGAUGUUAGCAUUAGCUACAUUUUUCCCAACUGCAGAUUCUGAAGGAGCAAAACUUGGUUUUGACUUCAUAGGGGAACUCCUCAAGUCAUCAAUGGAUAUAGCUGAUUUAAUUGGAAUCUAUUUAGUUCUUAAUAGCAUACCUGGAAAAGGACAUGCCAAAGUUCUUACAGCUGGUAUUGGCUGGGCUAGUGCUGAAGUUGUUUUAACAAGAUUUUUGUUACUGUGGGUUGGAGCUCGGGGAGCUGAGUUUGAUUGGAAAUACAUUCAAAAAAGUUUGGAAUCAAAUAUUAGUUUGGUUCAACACAUAACAACAGCAACAUUGGUCUGGUUGUGGUCAAGGCAUGACCUGAAACAAAGAUUUGUGCCAGUAGUUACUAGCUUGUUAUUCAUUACUGUUUACAGACCAUUAAUAGCUGAAAUGUUGAUAACUUCAUUUAUGAUCGGACCCUGGUCAGCAUUAUUCAUUAAAGCUAUUCAUGCUACUGUUUUGGGAUCAGUGACAUUACACAUAUAUUCUGCUCUUGCACAUUCCAUAGGAAUUUUUUAAAAUCCAUAAAAUCAUGAACUCAAAAUGUAUUUAACAAUCAUUGUUUUAUUAAUAAUAGUGUAAUUUUUUGUAUAAAAAAUUAGGAUUUUUUUAACUGUACAAUUUUUUCCAAAU